AUGCUUCACAAAAGAUGUCAGUCCUGUUUUCAGCCUGUCUAUCAUGCAGAAAAGGUGAUGGCUGCUGGGAAAUUGUAUCAUUCAGGUUGUUUUUCAUGUACUAAGUUUAAGAUUACUUCAAAAAUCUUCAUUUCAAACGACGGUAGGGUGGGGCAUUUUUCGGCAUCAAAUAAAUGAGAUUCUCAAGAUUCAUGAAAAAAAGAAUUUUAAGGCUUUCCGACUUUUCGGAUCAGACACAGUUCGGGUCAACGGUACCGUUUUAUAGGUAAUCAGGGGAUUAGGUCCGAACAGUUGUGCCUAUCUUCUAUGGCCCUAUCUGUGUUUAAAUCCGAUGUUUAUAGUUAAAGUACGCACUUCUGGAGGCCUAGCAAUACACUUGGCCACCUGCAAAUUAAUUCCCGUCGGGACCCAAAAAGGGAUUUGAAUUUGUAUGUGUACGGUAGAAAAAAUAUUUUUUUUUGUGGCUACGGUUUUCUUAUUUGCCCGAUACUUUUUGCAGAAGAAAAUAAAUUGGCGUGCUUAAAAACAUUAUUUUCUUAAAAAAAUGAAAAGAAAAAUCUCAAUUACCCCUAAAUCAACUAAAAAAUUCCAAAAAUAACAUUUUUAUAUUACUCUGUAAAACAAAAUUGUAACAUUCGGAUCAGUUUUCCACAAAAAAAUCUUUCUUUUCUGUCCCCGACCCGAAACGCCAUAGCGCCAAUUUUACAGUUGGCCAAAAACAUAAAGAAGUUAUAGCCAAUUCGAAUCGAGCCACAAAAAUGCCCCGCCCCGUGAACCUUUGCAAAAUAAAAUUUAGAUACCUGUGGGAAAAGAUUGGACAGUAGAUCCGUGAACGAUCACGAGAACUCGGUAAGUUAAUGUUGACAAAAUUAGUCCUAGAUUUAUUGCAAUUUCUGUUACAGUAACCUCUUCGGCCCCUCGGGAUAUGGUUUUGGGGUCCUGAGAAUAAAAAAGACGGAUCAGUCGACAUCUUGA